UGAGAGAAAUAAUAUACUCCCUAUGUUCUUGUUUAUUAGUCUUAUUCCAUAUUUAAAUGUUUUUUUUAUUAGUUCCUUUUAGAAUCUUUCCUUAUUUGUUCAACAAUUAUUCAUCUUUUACCCUUAUAUUACAAAUGUAAUUCUCUUUUCAUCCCAAUUAAAUAUGCAAGUGAUCACUUUAUUUUCUAAUUUAACAACACAAAACACUACACCUACCUAUAUUUUUUUUAUUUUUUCUUUCUCCAACAACAUGGGUGAGAUUUUUUAGAGAUCCACAUGCAAUGAGUCAUUUUAGUUGAUUGUUUAAUAUUCUAUAAGGGGAUAAUAAACAAGAACGGAGGGAGACAUAUUAUUAGAAAUAUAUAAAUUAUAGAAACAGAACGACUAUAAGGGGCGACUUUAUAAGAAAAGUGGAGCGAGCAUUAAGGAACAGAUGGAAUAUAUACUGAUAUUGGUGUCUAUAAAAGGUACGUGAAAAUGCCCCCAUUUUGAGUGAAAAGCAAGCAAUACAUGAAUCAAUGAGUUUCUAUAAAAUUUGGAUGUAUGGACUCUUGUUCAAGUAAGCACAUAUUCCAAUCACCAUUCUAAAGGAAGUGCACAUUUUAUUUUCUCUAUAGCCUCAAAUUGAAGUUCUCUAUUAAUUAAAGGACUGCCUUGGACUUCGAAACCAUUGUGUUUACACUCCUUGUGUAGCUUAAUUUGUUCUACCAAAUUCGAUUUCAUGGCUGUCUUCUUAAGACCAAAUCCAACUCCUCCUUGCAACCUAAAAUUCAUCGUUGUACUCACGUGCAUAUCCGUUUUCUCCCUCUUCAACGUUUCCGAUGCUAGAAUUACCCAAGAGAAAUUCAAGCUAAGGGGAGGCUUGAAAGUUUCAUACUACUACAAUUCAGAAGCUGAUACAUUUGAUCUCCCAACACUUGAUGCAUAUGAUGAUACGUUGUUAGCACCUUCACCCUUAUUAGCUCCGGCUCCUGUAAAUUUAAUCUCCAACCCACCAAAUAAUCCCCCUAGUCCAAGCCCAUAUGGAGUUUCUCCGAUGCCGGAACCAUCCUAUCGGGGGCCCAUCCGAGCCCCAACCAGUCCAGUUGUGCUUCAUCCUGGGCCUUCUCAGCUAACACUACAGCCCACAGUUGCACCAAGUCACAGUUGGGGCCCAGACUAUGCAGUUUGGUGUGUCGCUAGGCCCACAGUGCCUGAGACCAUGCUCCAAAGGGCCAUGGACUACGCAUGCGGAAACGGGGCAGAUUGUGGGUCGGUUCAGCCUAAUGGGUCGUGCUUUGUGCCCAACACUUUAGUGGCCCAUUCUUCCUAUGCUUUUAAUAGCUAUUGGCAAAGGGUUAAGAUUGCAGGUGGCACUUGUGAUUUUGGUGGCACUGCUAUGCUUAUUACUGUCGAUCCAAGUUUUAAUGGGUGCCAUUUCAUCUAUAAUUGAUCAAUACUUGAUAACAAGCUAGGUGUGUACGUACUUAUUAUGAGUAUGUUUAUUUUUGUAUGACAAUAUGCCAAUAAUUGAAAUUGAAAUAUAUUUUGUAUAUGUGAACAAUGUCGAUCAUAUUCGGUGUAUUUUGAUACUGUGCUACAACAAUAUGUUGGUUAGGUACUCACCUCCAAAAAAAUUAAAUUUUUAUUUGUUCCGUAAUAUGCGAAAUAAUGUCGACUUCCCAAUUAAGAAAAUAAUAACUUUCUUAUGAGGCAUCUGAAAAAUGAGAAAUGCGAUUAUUUUUGUA